AUUGAAUUGAAUUCAUCAUCAUUUUUAAGUUGUAAAUAAAACGCCCUUUUUUGGCGAUCCAUUCAUUUGAAAGACAAUUGAGUGGCAAAACUGAUGAAAUGAUUUUUGACAAAAACCCUUUUAUAAAACUGGCGGACGAAACAGUAUUAGCGGAUAAGUCCAGAAAAAGUGAACCGGAACAAUCAGAUGACGAGAAUUUUGUGAAUCAAAUGAAAGGCUUUGAAGGAAACGAUAAAUCAGUGAAAAACAGUGAAGCGAUGAAAGAAAAUAUCGAAAUGAUUGUAAUCGCGGACAAUACUAAUGGGAACCAAUCGACCACAAGAACUGAAUCCAUUGCUCUCUUUCACAGCAACUUAAGUAAUAGUAAUAUCAACGAUAAUAACAGCAAUGAUUGCAUUGAGAGAAUGGCCGCAAAUAACACGACUUCGAGUGUCAUUGAUCUCGAGGUCGAUGUCCACCACAGAAACAGUUCUGGUUCUUCGAUCGGCAUCUCUUCAGAGCCGUCUAAGAGUCACAGCGAGACUAUCAACACAUCGGAGAUCGCGGUCAGCAAUAGUCCCACUUUAAUGACAGCACCGGCACUACUGUUGGGCCAAAACUGUGAGUUUAUGUCUGAAUUGGCGGUUGAUUUGGAGUCAAACGAAUUUGUGUCUCAUCUGAACUCCGGAAGUGAUAUGAAUAUAACGGAUGACACGGAAAGUUGUGAGAGACUGAAGGGUACGUCACUUGAGUUGGGAUUUAUGGCUCAGGACCCGGCAGUGCUCAGGGCUCAGACCAAUGCAGCCAAUGAUCCGCCUUCGAGUCGCAAACGUGUGGACAAUAUUGUCCGCAGAGCUCGCAGUGAAUUGGAAACAACUCAGUGUUCAGCAGACAAACGAAUCUCAUCUCUUCCGCCGUCACAUCCCGUGAGUCUUGAGAUAAUCGGCACAACAAGAGUGGACAGCAGUUUAGUGGACGCGUCCAAUGAUGACAACGAGAAUAUGUUGAGGAGAACGACACCAAAUCUGAACGAAAAUAUAUCGAUGUUUAGCCAACAGAACAAAGACUGCAUCAAAGCCUCAAAUAGUCCUAAACUGAGUUCUACUAAAUAUGAGACCAUAAGUAGUUCUCCCGUCCUUUCAGAGCAAACGACCAAAAGUUUGGGUGAAAAAGAAGCGCAUGUAUUGAUUGAAGUGGAGACCACUCAACCCAAGAAACCCAAAACCAGUGAUUGCGAUGACGGCGACGAAAGUGAUGUCUCUCUCGUCGUUAACUUCUCGGCAAAAGUCAAGAAACGAAAGGUUCAGAAGUCAUCAAAACCGCGGAGAACUUUAAACAGAAGAAAAGUGUCGAAGUCUUGCAGUUCUGGAAAGAUUUCGAUGAAUAAAAAGUGUGAUAAAGUGUUGCCAUUCAUUGAUAAUACCAUUUCGAGUAACGAAUUAAACAAAAAAGCUCUGCAAAUAUGCUUUUCCAGUGAAUCAGAUAUUGAAAGCAGUCAUAACGGAAGCGAUUCCUAUACAUCCAGAAGCAGUUCUCUUACAUCAAGUCAUUCGUCAACCUCUUUGAACGACGAAACCACUCCAUUGACCGCUUCAUUGCCACCAGAAAUGGAUAAUAAGAGCAACGCUUCCAACUCUCGCAACAACUCUAUAGCACUCGAGCCUAAAUGUAUUGCCGGUCCUUCAAAGCAGACUUCAUAUGAUAAUAAAAGUGAUUUAAUUAAAAAACUUUCUGAAAUGCCAUUUAAAACCGAAAGCGAAGACUUUGUACAGAAUAAUGAACUCAAGGUUUUGAGGAAUGAAUUACAGAGAAAAAGAAAGAGUUCUAAGAGAAUGGAUCCGAACGCCAGCUUUUAUUCGCAACAAAGUAUGGUUCAGUCGGAACCCAAUAAUGAUUUGAUUGCCGGCGCCUCUCAUAUAAGUGGUGUGGAAUCGUCUCAAAACAUUAACGCAGACAACGGUCCGCCGCCUUAUAUGUUGGCUCGCAUUCUGUCGGCUCCGGGAACUCAUUUGGCGAAAUCACACGAAGACACUAAUAUCGGUGCC